AUAAUUGUAAAAAAAAAAUUAAAAAAAGAAGCCUUUAAUAAAAUAAACAAAUAAAUAAACAAAAAUAGGCUACAGCUACUUUUCAUUAGUGGAGUAUGGUUUAUAAAAUGUACCAUAAGUGACCUAAUGGUGAUGUAAUGUUGGCGGCUGUAAAAUGAGAGGACUUCCUUUCAGUGAUGAUUUGAUGUUUUUUUCUUCUUGGAAAGAUUUGUAAUUUAGCUCAGCAGCAUUUUAAGAAAUUGGUUCAGAUUAACUUCACAUGGUGACAGUUUAUAGGCAAAAUAUGGUGGCUGUUAGCAAAACAAACCCACGGAGAAAACCCCCUCUGUCAAAGCCAGCGGUAUGGGAGAAAGAGGACUGAGAAGGAGAGGACAAUCAAAGGCUGUUAUUUUAAUCUGCCCAGCCUCGGAGAUUAGCCCACCACAUUGUUUUAAUUGUUUUAACGGGAGGGAAUGAAACGCUCGCUUAUAGGGGGAUCCUUGGCAUAAAUCUCUCAAGUUCAAUAGUUUCAAAAAUUUGAGCCCCUUGCAACCCCCCUCUCUUCCCUCAUCCCACCUAAUCCCGGCUAAUACCUUUCUUUCUAUUGGCUAAUGGCUGAGGGGAGCCUGGGUAAAUGCUUCUUAAAUAGUCGUGGGUGAGAAUGGUUUCGGAGAAUCAGAUCCGCGUCACGACAAAGAGCGCUGCUGUGCGAGGAUAUAAGGCCCGAACUAGGACUAGGACAUACUGGACUACGACUCCCCGGGUCCAUCGCUGUGCGUAAAAACGCAUCUGGAACUCACGCUUCUGCUCAGGGUCCGGAACUCAGAUUCACGAUGAACUCUUUGAAUUUCUGCGGGCCGUCCAGCGGUGGUGUUUAUCCCCUCCACGGUGUCAACUCCAUGCUGUUCGACCUGCACCACCAGAUGGCGGAGCAGUACCACGUCUACUCUGCAGCAGGCCCCACGGUGCACACCCUCUCUGUGGCUGAGAGGCUGGCAGAGCUGAUUCUGGAGGCUCGCUACGGGAACCAGCAGAAACAGCGCCGCAGCCGCACAGCAUUCACAGUGACACAGCUGCAGGCGCUGGAGAAAGCCUUCCAACAGACACAGUACCCAGAUGUCGGCAUGAGAGAAAGGCUGGCUGUUUGCAUCAACCUGCCUGAGGCUCGCAUUCAGGUGUGGUUCAAGAACAGGAGGGCAAAGUUUCGUAAAGGUCAGAAGGUCUCCCCGCUCUCCAGAGACAACGGUCUGGAGGAGACACCACAUUGCAGGAAGGUGGGACAGGAGGAAGUCAGGACUGAAGACAAACAGGACGUCAUCACAUCAUGCAUCGACAGCAACAUCCCUCCUCCUCCUCCUCCUCAUCCUCAUGUGGAUAAAAUUAGGGAUGUUUGCCCUCCCCUCGCCCCUUCAGACUCUGGUAUCUCACGGUGCCCCCUCCGGCUACACUCUCCUCCACUUUUCCCUGUCAUGACAGGGGAGUGCUACAGCCACCCACCUCACCAGCCUGUUGUAGGAGUGCUGUCCACUGAGCUCGCCCUCCCCCCAUUGUUCUGGCCCAUCAUACAGCAGCACAGCUCCACCCUGGGGGUUCCUCCAUCAUUAGUUGCUAAAAACUGUAGCCUCUCCCUUCAGACUGCUUGUUCCAGUAAAGCUGUGCCUCGCCCUCACCUGGGGCUGUAACUGAUGUGGACUUAUACACCUGACACUUAGAGGCAGAAGUUUCCCAUUCUCCUGAAGAAAUCCUGUGUGGGAGAAGACAGGACAACAAGGUAGAGAGGCACCUACUGCCUUGUUCCUGUAAAUAUGACUAUAGACUGUGCACAUAACAUUAAUUUUUAUCUAGCGAGUUUUAUUGAAUGCCUGUCUAAACUUUGGACUUUAGACGCGAGAUGUACAGUGAGUAACACUGGUCUAAAAGGACAUAAAGCUGUACAGUCACUUUCUGAGGUUCUUUUUAGUAGACAAAGUCUAAUUUGGGUCUGCUUUAAAUAACAUCUACAGGAUGGCUUUAGUUUCACAGUGGUAUGAGUUUGUUUGAAAGAGGCUGAUGUUUAUUCCGUCAUGUUUUGGUUCCAGACAAGAAGCAGUGUGUACACUCCAUUUAAAGAUAUUGUUGUCUCUUCCAGCAUUAUUUAGCUGGCUACAAUGCCAAGUAGCUACAUGGUAAAAACGAUGGUAAGCAUUUGAGAAAAGCUCCUUAUUGUAACAAAGCACUGCAAAAUAGAAAUGUGAAAUAAAAUUAUA